UCCACGUAUUUCUCUUAGUCCAUCGCAUUGUAUAGCAGGAAAUGUAUUAGAACCCAGACCAGGACCAAGGGGGGGCCGAGACGGGGCGCGCCGAAUCCACUCAUAACAAGACGCUGCGCGGGAAGGAACAGGCACGAUGUUAUUCUAUUCAUUCUUCAAGUCCCUAAUUGGGAAGGAUGUUGUUGUGGAGCUGAAAAAUGACUUGAGCAUAUGUGGCACACUUCACUCCGUCGACCAGUACCUCAACAUCAAGCUGACGGACAUCAACGUGACGGACACCGAGAAAUACCCACACAUGCUGUCAGUGAAGAACUGUUUCAUCCGUGGAUCCGUGGUGCGCUAUGUGCAGCUGCCGGUGGACGAGGUGGACACACAGCUGCUGCAGGAUGCUGCCCGGCGAGAGGCUCAGCAGCAGCGCCAGUAACUCUAGUGUUAGGGAACAAAUGAUUCAGUAGUAUAUUACUACUGUUGAAUAUCAGACUUAUUUAAUUUGUCCAUUCCCAAGUGCAUGAAGCUUAUUUUCACAAAUGCGUAAUGGUAAUUAGGUGGUAGAAAACAAAUUAUACAGUAUAUUACUUAUGUAAUGUAACAAAUUCCAUUGUCAUAUUUUUUCUCUAGAAAGUUAUGCAUUCAUAAGAAUGCAGCAACUGUGAUAUAUCUCAGCAUUUAAAACUCUACAACAUGCUGUGGCCUUCUUUUGUUUUUUACAAAUUCCUUAGUACCUAAUUUUCUAGGUACAGCUUCAAAAUAACUCAUGCUGCAAACAUCCAAAUGACAUUUUUUUCCUUUAUCCUUGGUCACCAGAAUCAUCAGGGUGUGCCACUUUACCCAGCCUCUUUUAACAAAACAUUUGCCUAUGAUGGGGAAAGUUUUACAGAUUUUAUUGAAAUCUCCGUUAGGGAAACUUUAUCAUGAAUUUCACUCAAAGAUAUGCUGAACAAUUACUUAAAUUGGUGAUGAGAGGUCUUGGUAAUCCCCUUCAACUCAUUGUUAUCUUGUCCACUAGAGAAUACAACUGUAAAGAUCUGUCUCAUAUUAAAGAUGAAUUUCAUAAGGUUAUGUUCUAUUUUUUGUCUGAAUCUGGAGUGUCAAAAAUAAACAGGGGAUAGUAAUUUCCAAAUCAAUUUAUA